ACUAGGUCUCUGGGGACUCAGAUGGAGGAGCCAACGGCGUUUUCUCCCUCGCGUGGCUGUGACAGGUGUCCGGCUGGUGACUCUUUAAAACAGCGUGAGCAGGAUGAUAAACUUCCAGGCGUUGAAAGAGAUAUUGAGGAACUUUGUAAAGCUGUACCACAGCUUGUCAAUGUAUUCAAAAUUAAGGACAAAAUCGGAGAAGGCACCUUCAGCUCUGUUUAUUUGGCCACGGCACAGUCGCAAGCAGGACAUGAAGAGAAAAUUGCGCUGAAACACUUAAUCCCGACCAGUCACCCUGUAAGGGCUGCGGCAGAGCUUCAGUGUCUGACCAUUGCGGGGGGGCAAGACAACGUCAUGGGAGUUAAGUACUGCUUCAGGAGGGAUGACCACGUGGUGAUUGCCAUGCCGUAUCUGGGGCAUGACUCUUUUUUGGACAUUUUGAAUUCUCUCUCCUUUCAAGAAGUCCGGGAAUACAUGUUUAAUCUCUUCAUAGCUUUGAGGCGGAUUCAUCAGUUUGGUAUUGUUCACCGCGAUGUGAAGCCCAGCAAUUUCCUGUAUAACAGACGCCUGAGAAAGUAUGCCUUGGUGGACUUUGGUUUGGCCCAAGGAACUCAUGACACAAAAAUAGAGCUGCUCAGGUUUGUCCAGUCUGAAGCUCAGCAGGAAGGUUGUUCAAGAAACAAGUAUCAUGGCGUCACUGGGCACAAGGGCUCACUGAGUCGCCCAGCACCUAAGAAUCUGGACCAGCAGUGUGCCACAAAAACUUCUGUCAAAAGACCCUACACAAACGUGCAGAUUGACAUCAAACAAGGAAGAGAUGCAAAGGAGGGAUCUGUAGGCCUUUCUGUCCAGCGCUCUGUUUUUGGAGAAAGAAAUUUCAAUAUACACAGCUCCAUUUCACAUGAGAGCCCUGCAGAGAAACUCAUGAAGCAAUCAAAGACUGUGGACAUAAUAUCCAGAAAGGAAGCAACAAAAAAGACACCCACUUCUACGAAGGCUGUGACUGGUGUGAUGAGGAAGACUGCCAGUUCUUGCAUGGCUGCCAUGACGUGCGACUGCUAUGGAACAGACAAAGUCUGCAGCAUUUGUCUGUCCAGGCAGCAGCAGGUGGCCCCAAGAGCAGGCACACCAGGAUUCAGAGCACCAGAGGUCCUGACAAAGUGUCCUAACCAGACUACAGCGAUUGACAUGUGGUCUGCAGGUGUCAUAUUCCUUUCCUUGCUCAGUGGACGGUACCCAUUUUACAAGGCCAGUGAUGACUUAACUGCUUUGGCUCAAAUCAUGACAAUUCGAGGAUCCAGGGAAACUGUCCAGGCUGCUAAAGCUUUCGGCAAAUCAGUUUUGUGUAGCAAAGAAGUUCCAGCACAAGAUUUGAGGAAGCUGUGUGAGAGACUAAGGGGUCUAGACUCUGCCACUCCCAAGUUAGCAGCUGACCCGCCAGGGUGUACUUGCCGUGUCCCUGCUUCAGGGGACACUGGCCACAAAGCUUCCCGUGGACAGACUUCCGAAGCGCAACGCUCAGGUGGGUCCUCGUGUACAGGGGACAGUGGCGGCUGUCGGGGUCGUCACAGGAACUGUCCUGCCAGCGCGGAAGGCUGGGACGCGGUGCCCGAUGAAGCCUACGACCUGCUUGAUAAGCUUCUGGAUCUAAACCCAGCUUCAAGAAUCACCGCAGAGGCAGCCUUACGGCACCCGUUCUUUAGGGACACGAGCCCCUGA